AUGGUUUCACUCACGACUGUCUUGCCCACUGCGGCCCUUGUCUCCCUUGUUGCCGCCGGUGCUGCUCCAAUUCUGUCGGACUCUCCAGCAAACGCCGCCUACAAAGCCACUUUCAACAAGGGUGGAGUCACUGGCCAGGUUUCGUUCACCACCGACCAAGGCGGCUACGUGAAGGUUUCGGUCAAUCUCUCCAACUUGCCAAACUAUGGAGGUCCUUUCUUGUACCACGUUCACCAAAAGCCUGUCCCAUUGAACGGCAACUGCACGGCCACCCUUGGUCACCUCAACCCAUACAAUGGAUCUGAGACGGCCACCACUCCUGCUACCAAGGAGGUUGGUGAUCUUUCCGGUAAGCAUGGCGAAAUCAAUGGCACUUCGUUGAGCACCACAUACAUCGACCAGUAUUUAUCUUUGAACCCAUCGAACCCGGCCUUUGUCGGAGGUUUAUCUGUUGUUGUUCACUUGCACAAUCUCACUAGAAUUGCAUGUGCUAACAUCACCAUGGACACUCCAGUGGUCAAUGCUGCCGAUAACAUGUUCUCCAAGUUGAGCAUUCCAUUGGCUGUCGGUGCCGCAGCUCUUUUAUUGUAA